AUGUCUGUACAGUGCGAUAGAAGUGUAUCAGGAUAUUUUCGAAUACGGACAGAAUUACUUGAUAACGUAUUAUUUAAACCAUCGAUAGUCGGUUCUAUUCUUUUUUCAUAUCUUUAUUUCGUUUUUGUUUGUGCUCCGCGAUUUAUGAGAUAUAGGUCGCUGUAUUCGUUAAAGACGUUUGCAAGAUAUUACGAUGUAUUUCAAAUCGUGUUGAACAGUUUUAUUUUGUUUUACAGCAGUUAUUCGACGUACUUCUUAAAAUUUAUUGACUUAAUAGAAACAGGAAUAUUUGUACUCCGAAAGAAUGAUCGUCAAAUUCUAUUUCUACACCUGUACCAUCAUGUUUCAACGUGUGUAAUAAUAAUUAAUUGGAUUUAUGAAAAACACUACACCAUUGAUAUGAUUACUUUUCUAUCAUUAGUGAAUUGUAAUGUUCACGUAAUAAUGUACAGUUAUUAUUUUCUUAGUAAAUAUGGUGCAAAACUCGUAACUGAGAAUUGA